UCCGGAAGUAGCCGACAGCACUCAUGAGCGCCGAAGAAGCACUGCAGCAAGACCGAGGAUGAAGCGAGCCUGAAGCUGAAUUCAUUCACUCCGUGCGGUGGUUUGAACUGCGAGUGUGUGCGUGCCUGACAGGCAGACAGAAGAAACAAGAAGAGGGUGUUUUUCUGAGUCCAGUCCACCGUGGUUUUUCUACUGUAAAGAAAGACUGAAGACGCACAACUUUGCACCUUCUGUCUAAAAUAAAUUCCUGCUCUCGGGUGGCAGUGAACUCACGUGAGGAGCUGCAGAGAUGGACCAGAACAACAGUUCAGCCAGUCCCUUCCAGGGACUGGCCUCCCCUCAGGGUGCCAUGACCCCAGGCAUGCCUAUCUUCAGUCCCAUGAUGCCAUAUGGCUCAGGUCUGACACCUCAGCCCGUCGUGGCCAACAGUUUGUCUAUACUGGAGGAACAGCAGAGGCAACAGCAGCAGCAACAGGCACAGCAGCAAACGCAGGUAAACACACAUUCUCAAUCCUUUAACCAUAAUCUCAUAUCCCUAGAAUUGGUGUUCUUCAGAUAUUUGCUGAGAAUAGAAAAUGCUCACCAAAGUCUGAUCCAAAGUGGUCUUCCUGGAACGUCAGGGCUGACCCCUCAGCUUUACCAUUCCCAGACGGUUGCAGGCUCGACCACCACAGCGCUGCCAGGGAACACCCCACUCUACAACACCCCGCUGACCCCCAUGACCCCCGUCACACCGGCAACACCAGCCUCAGAGAGCUCUGGAAUAGUGCCACAGCUACAAAACAUAGUAUCUACUGUAAAUCUGGGCUGUAAACUGGACUUGAAGACCAUCGCCCUGAGAGCCAGGAAUGCAGAGUACAACCCAAAGCGUUUUGCUGCGGUCAUCAUGAGAAUACGAGAACCCAGGACCACGGCUCUCAUCUUCAGCUCUGGGAAGAUGGUCUGCACGGGAGCCAAGAGUGAGGAGCAGUCGAGGUUAGCUGCCAGAAAAUACGCUCGUGUGGUGCAGAAGCUCGGCUUUCCUGCUAAGUUUUUGGAUUUUAAGAUUCAGAACAUGGUGGGAAGCUGCGAUGUGAAGUUCCCCAUUCGACUGGAGGGAUUAGUCCUCACACAUCAGCAGUUUAGCAGCUACGAACCGGAGCUGUUUCCAGGACUGAUUUACAGAAUGAUCAAACCCAGAAUUGUCCUGCUCAUCUUUGUUUCUGGGAAAGUUGUACUCACAGGCGCCAAAGUGAGGGGAGAGAUCUACGAAGCGUUUGAAAACAUCUAUCCCAUCCUGAAAGGCUUCCGCAAGACAACGUAGAACCGACAGCCCCUUCUCUUACCUUUUUAUCUCCCCAACUCCAACUUUUUUUCAUCAGACUUUUUUAAAAUUCACAAGUGGACUGCUGUAACGGCUGUUGUACAGGGAUGUGAUUUUUUUCCCCCGGUCCUGGUGUUUCAAAGGAUUGGAAAACAGGACUUCAAUAUAUUUUUUUCUUCUGCUGAGAUUUGAUCACAAGUGAUGUCAUAUUUUACUCGCAGACCUCCAUAUAUUUGACCUUUUUGUUGUCUGGAUCACAUCCCUGACUGUACAUAAGACUGUAAAGAAAUGUAAAAAGCGCUGAUUUGAAGAGAAGCAGUCUGGCUAGGACUGUUUUAUUUUAAGCCAUUUUAAAUAGUUUUUGUAUGUUGCAUUUUUAUAAAUUGUUCACUCGGUUCCCAAAAUGUAUCGAGACAUGUUCGGGUUUGUCUGCCCCACAUUCCUCUUAACAGUAUUUACUAAGGUUUCUGUCUAUCUCAAGUCAAUGAGAUCAUCUUGAUAUAUUUUGCAAAUCAAUCAGUUAUUGGUUUAGCUUGGUCAUCAUUUCUUUACGUGCUGUUAUCAGAAUUCCCACAUGUCAACAUUGGUAGAAUAGCCAUGUCGGUUAAGACGUAUCCGAAGGCUGUGGCUCUUAAUUCUUUUAUUGAAAUCCUCCCGCUAAAGUUGUCAUCAAGUUGUUGGUUAGUUCUUUGAGAUUUGUGGCACUUGGGGUCAGUAACAUUUGUACUCGUAGAUCAACCAGAACUUAAACGUGAAGAAGGAGGCUGUUGGUCCUAAAGUAGACGGCAUCUCCUUUUUUAAAGUCUUUUAUUCACAUAUUGCCUCUUUCAUCCACAAGCACUAAAAUAUGAUGACAGAUAAUCAAUACAUUGUGUUGCCAUGUUUAUGUUCUGUUUUGAAAUUUGUUUGGCCAUUCAAAAGUAUAUUUAAAAAGGUUCUUAAGAUAUUUUUGUGCAUAGGGAAUUGUGAAUUUCCCUCGGUCUGUGCUGCUUGCUCAGCUGACCCGUCUGAAGCAGAAGAGGUUCGUGAAUUAUGCUAAACUACAUUUAGUAAUAAUGAAUCCAUUCCUCUGACUCUGAGCUCAGCAGUGGCUUAGCAGGAGACCCGGAAGCCCUGUCACAUCUCGAUGAUAUUGUGUUUAUAACAACAUUGUUAAUGUGCUGCACUGCAUUAAUAAAUGUGUACAUACCGGC